AUGGUUCGUAGUUGUUCAGAUAACAGAAAACCCAAUACAUUUUCUAGUUACAAUCAAUAUCGUAUUUCAAAAAAUUGGUGUUCAGGAAUAUAUAAAAGUAAGCCAAUUAUACACCAUCAAAUAAAUUAUAUGCCUUGGUUAAUAUUUUACAAUUCCGAGGCAUUACUGCUAUCUGUGGGGUCUGAGCUCAAGUGUUUUCCCACUGACAGAAAAAGUUAUCCAAUUUGUAAAGAGGCACUAUGGAAAUUAGAAGUACCUAAAGUAGAGAGAAAUGACAUACGCACCAAUGAUGUGUCUAGAUUUAUUAUAAGUGAUAAUAUAAUAGUUUGUGGAAACAGAGAUGGAAGUGCUGCUGUUUAUACAUUUGACGAUAUAAGGCAUAAGCCAGUUUUAAUGUGCCAUAUCGAAGAUUGCAAUGAAAAUGGCAUGGUAGAAGUGUCAGCUGUUGAAUUGAUUACCGAUUCUAAAAAGCAUUGUAUUUUAACUGGGUCAAUAUACAGUGCUAUCCUACGUUUCUGGUACUGUGAAGUAGACGAAAAUGAUUCAAGAGUUUAUUCAUGCCCUCGUGCUCGCGAUAUUAAGCUUUCACACGAAGUUGGCAUAAGGUGUUUAAAUAUGGAUAACUCUAAAGAAAAGUUGGCCAUUGGUCUUAAUGGAAACAGUAAGCCACUUUUGCUUGAUAUGAAUACUGGACAAUUACUGUUAACAGCUGAUAUUGGCAUGAAUACUAGACAGACUAUUCGUGACAUCAGAUGGCACGAUGAAAAUACAAUAUUGUAUGUAACACACUCUGGUAAAAUGCAACUAACUGAUAUAAGGACAGAUAAAGUGAUAUAUGAUGUAAUGGAUCCAUUUCAAUCAACAUUGUAUUGUGUGAAGUCCGAUGGUGACCGCGCUAUAAUCGUAGGCACCGCUGAAUAUUCACGCUGUGUAUUGUUUGACAUUCGAUCUGACGCAUGUCAUAAACAAAUGUACUUUACGCAAAAGCAAUCAUCACCAAUUUAUAGUCUAGAUUUCGACUCGACAAAGCUAAUAGCUGCCGCAGAUCGUAGAGUGGCUGUCUUAAAUUUCAACAUAAACUCAUCAUCAGUACCACGAAAAGAUUAUUCUCAAAAAUUUGAAUUUGUCAAUAGAUGA